AUGUUUGGCUCACUGCAGCGUUAUGUGUACGAUCGACGGCGAGGAUUACUGGAUACUGUCAUAACAACAGGGACUGCGUAUGCAGUCAGUGCAUAUCUGCGGGAAAGGUUAGAAGAAGUGAAGCAGAAUGUCGUGAGGCAAAGAAUGGCAAGAGAAAGCCUUCGGCGACGUUUUCAGUCGACCCAUGAUGAUGCCUGUUUCACGAUUAUGGCUCUCAUACCUACCCUUGCUACCCAAAUUCUCGAAGAGAUGGAUAUCGAAUCGCUCACGGACGAGCUCCAGUCAUUCUCGACUGCCGUUGGUGCAAGUUCGCCUUCUCACCCGCUGCCACCACCACACUCGCAUGAUGUUCAGUCAGCUACCGAGACGAACUCUAUCUCGGAUGCACAAUCAGAAGCGGGUUCGAUGUCGUUAUCAUCUUACUCAGGCUCGGGCUAUGAUGGAGAGCGUGCAUCAGGGUUUGGUUCUGCGAGCUGGGUCGAACAUAUGUCGGCUUCUGAAACCUCCCAAGCACCGCGUACCUUCCUCACACCACCCGAAAGUCAACUUUCCGAUUCGAUGCUGUCGACUGGUUCAUCCCUGAGUCAUAACACCUCACAUUCCGGGUCUCAUGGGAGCUCACCAUUCCCAUCUACGAAGCGGAGGAGGGGCCAGCUAUGGAAGGAAGUAAAAAACCUCACCUUAACGCGUACGCUAACGACACUUUACACAACCACUCUGCUGAGUCUCCUAACGGCUGCGCAACUCAGCGUUAUCGCGCGCAGUCGAUAUAUUACGUCGGUCCGCACGUCUGAACGUGCCGAACGUAUGCACGAGCGGGUACCCCAGUUUUCGCUCACCGGUAUCCUCGCCAGGGAAGCGAUUGCAAAGGUCGUUGACGUGGAAGCUUUGCUUCCCGAGUGGCUCACCGAAGACGACGACUUCGACAGUGAAGAAGAUGUGGAUGAUAUUUCGGAAGGAACGGAGGCGCGCUACCUAACUCUAUCCUGGUGGAUCCUCCAUGUCGGGUGGAAAGAUGUCGCUGCUAGGGUCAGAGGCGCUGUGGAGAGUGUCUUUGAUGGUGUGUCACUUCGAAGCACAGUUUCAUGCUCCGAACUACACGCACUGAUACUUGACGUACGGAGACACGUCGAACUGGAUGGCGCGGCAGGGCGCCCCCACUCGAGGUUUUUUCCAUGUCUACUUCCUCCUACACCAGAGACCACUGCCCAUGUACUGGCACAAGGUGGAGCCCCCCUUGCGCGACAAGAAUCUGCUUUACUUAGCUGUCUGCGAUCAGAUUCACGAUUUACAUCCUUGCUUGAUGAGACACGAGCAUACUUGUCAGGCCCCGAUUUUGCAUACGCACUAACCUGCGCAUUGGAUCGUGCUACGGGCGUACUGGUAGACCACUUGCACAAGCAGGUAUUUGGUACAAACGUCACGCAUGCCAAAGAGGAACUGAAGCUACGACUGGUGGAUUUGCUACCUGGCCUAGCGCGAUGGAGUCAGCUUGCUCUAAAUGCGACCCCAAACGAGUUGGUUGAUAAUAUCAUGGCCAUCAGAGAAGUAUCUGCGUUGGAGGCCAUCAUCAUGACGGAAUUACCAAGAUCGUUAUCCAUCGGUCGCGUGAACGACCGACGCCGAUUCGUUCACGUUCAUUUACUGGUUGUUGUGGAUUUCAUGUGCUGA